AUGUCUGGUCUAGGGGACACAUCGGGGCCUUCGCGCAGUCGAAGCAGUACCAAUACGGGUAGGACAGAUGGCAGCAACAGUGCGAGCAGCUCCAACACAACGGGGGAAGAUGCCAUCUUUUUCAAUACGCGAACAAGCAGAGGAGAGGCGAGCAGAAGCACUUUCAGCGAAGCGGGCGGCGGUGCGGAUGCGGAAGGACGCUUCUCGGAAGAAACUGCGAUUGCGGGCAAGAGAGCCAGUUCGGACAGGUACGCUCGGACGUUGGCCGAAGGAACGGGGCAGGAAGGCGAUAAGGGGCUAUUGGAUGACUCGGAUCGCGGGCCCUGGGGUACAAUUCGCGCCAAGAGACCUCCGCGAUAUUCCAGUGUAGUUGAUGAGGCUGCUGGUGACGAUGCGGACGCCGCGGACGCUCCGAUGCCCCGCUCUCAUCGCAAGGGGGCGCAUAGCGCUAGCAGCAGUAUGAGCGGCCUUGGACGGAGCGGUAGUAGGGCGCUGAAUGCGCUCGGUAUGGGCGGCGUGGAUGUGCAAGGCUUGAGGAGCGCCGGUCAAAGCGUGGUGGAUCUGACGAUUGGCAACAGCGCAGAGGCGGUCGCGAGGAGAAGAGCUUUUGGGAGAGCGGCGGUCAUCAACAUCUCGCUCAUCGGCAGCUGGUGUGAGUGCAUCUCAGAACGGAGAGGCGCGGGUCUCAGCCGAUGACAUUAUGCGCCAAAACCACAUGCCGAAUGGCUGAUGCUGUCAACGCCCGCCUGAUAGAUUUGUUUUCGACGAUCAUGAGCCUGUACAAUUCUUGGCUCUUUUCCAAGAAGCGCUACGGCUUCUCAUAUCCCCUCUUCGUCACCUCCAUGCACAUGCUCGUGCAGUUCGCACUCUCCAGCCUGCUCUUGAGCUUGUGCACCAGCUGGGUGCCCCGCACACGAUCUGGAAAGCGGGCGCGGCCAGCUGCGAGGGACUGGGCGUGAGUAUGACACAGCAAGGGCUUUCGCAGACUCGGCCCUUUCGGAAAAUAUCCCGGAGCUGAUGCGCUAAAGAUCUCCUUACUCGCUUCCUCAGUACGAAGGUGGUGCCGUGCGCUUGCGCCACAGCGCUGGACAUAGGGCUCUCGAAUCUGAGUCUCAAGACGAUCACCUUGACGUUUUACAGUGAGUCGCAAGGUUUCUUUGCCGGGCCUGCAUUCAGCCGUCAUCCUGACCUUUCCCGUCUCUUUGGCCACGCAUCUCGAUCAGCCAUGUGCAAAUCCUCGAAUCUCGCCUUUGUGCUCAUCUUCGCCUUUCUCUUCCGUCUGGAAGUGGUCAGGCUCAGCUUGAUAGGCAUCAUCACUUUGAUUACGAUCGGCGUGAGUAGACAGAGUAUCAAGCUUCCGUGAGCUUACCGUGCAAAAGCCCGACUGAUGCCAUCACCCGCGCCUGCAGGUCGUCAUGAUGGUAGCAGCCGAGACGCAGUUCGUGUUGGAAGGUGCGAUAGAGGUGCUAACAGCGUCGGCGAUGGGAGGUCUUCGGUGGGCCUUGACGCAAAUCUUGCUGGAUAGAGAAGGUAUGGGCAUGAAUAAUCCGGUCGCCACCAUUUUUUGGCUGGCUCCCGUCAUGUUCAUCGCCAUGAUCAGCGUCAGCGCUGCGGUCGAGAACUGGGGCGAAAUGUUCAGCAGCAAAUUCUUUGAAGGACUUAGGAACACUGUUAGGACGCUUGCCCUCGCCAUUGUUCCAGGUGCCUUCGCAUUCUGCAUGAAUCUGAGCGAAUUUGCGUGAGUGCGAGGUGCGGCAGCAGCAUGAUGCAAAUCAGCCAAGUUGACUAACGCAUUCCUCGUGCUAUGGCGCAAUGCGCAGACUAAUCCAAAGGACAUCGGUCGUGACGCUCUCAGUCGCUGGAAUCUUCAAGGAGGUCUCAACUAUCUUUAUAAGCUCUACGGUGUUUGGGGACGAAUUGACGCCCAUCAACGUGACGGGUCUAUGCAUUGCCCUGGUCGGCAUCGGACUGUACAAUUGGCUCAAGUACAGGUUACUCGUAUCCGGAGGCGCUAGUCAUGAAGCAUCUUCGCACGGGACGCGGGACGCAGGCUACGAAGCCGUUCCUAACCCUCUUCGCAAUGGUCGGGUCAGGUCGGCAUUGCCUGAUCGAGAAGGGCAGGAAGACGAGUGGGCGGAUCCGAAUCUCGCUGAAGACGAGGAAUCUUUGGCCAUGUCGGAGAGGGAGGAUGGAGCUGCUUUGAGCGAGGCCGAGCUGGACAGGAGAAGGAAGAGGGAGGAAGAGGCCGACAUGGAUGGCGGAGGCGUUUGGAAGACCGGCCAAGGCUUCUUCGAAGACAGCGACGAGGAGCGUUGA